AUGUCAUCAGAUCAAGGUACAGGCAACACGAUGCAGUCGUCAGAUGACAGGAAUUCAGAUAUUUUGUUGAAGUACAUAAACUCUUCCAACUUUACACUAUACAAUAACAUUGAAUAUUUGACCAAACAUGCAGAUAAUAUUGGGAUACAUUUUUACCUUUGUGAGAAGCUUUUAACUUUCCCCCAUAAAGAACUACAAUUUUAUAUCCCACAGUUAGUACAGAUUCUUUUGACGGUAGAAACAGAAUCAUUAGCACUAGAAGAGAUCAUCCUUCGGUUAAGUUCCGAGAAUCCACAUUUUGCACUUAUCUCAUUUUGGCAAUUACAGGCGUUACUCGGCGAUUUAGCACAUGAUCCCACAUCAUACAGCUUUCAAGUAGCAAGAAGAGUGCUUAACCACUUACAGUUCAUACUGUUCAACACCACAAGAAAGAAUGAUAAUGAGAAAAUUAACGAAAAUAUCGCACCAGCAUUAGUACUAUGUUCAACGAUAGCUGCCGGAUUUGCCUUCCCACAGUUGGUAGAACAGACGAAGCCUUUAAUCAAAUCCCAAGGUAAAAGACAAAAGAGCUAUGUUUUCAAGUUGGCGAAACAUGCGAUAAAAAAUAUGACCAAGAACUUAACGAUGAAAAACACCAUGGCUAAUUCUUCAUCUGCACGUAAAGCAUCUUCGGAUUCUGCCACAAACGUUGAUGUAGAUAUUGUAGACGCUUCAAAAACAAAAGAAGAUUAUACUUUCAAGAAGAAGAGAAAGAAUUCAGUAUCUACUUUGAGUUUUGAUAUGGUGGACGAUGUUGGUGAUAAAUUAUUUGAAGAGCAUAUUUCAAACUCAAUUAAACUGCCAAAGAGAAGAGACACUUCUUACAUUCAUGCUAUAUAUAAAAACAAGGAAGCAGAGACUGAUGACUAUACAAACUCUAUGCCCGACUUACGCGCAAGAUCCGCUUCCUCUGCUUCAAUGCCAGAGCUGAAGGGCAAGAAUUCUAUGGAUGCUAUAAGAGAAUCACAAACAAAUUCAGCAGAAUCAAGUGAAAAGAGAGGACAAGUAAUCGAUGUUUCACAGUUAUCCACAACUAAGAAAAUCAAACUUUUGAAAGUAAACUAUUUUUACUGUUGCACACAAUUUGCAAUUGCAUUAGAAUCUAUCUCCCAACGUUUAGUACAAGUUCCACCGGAAGCGAGACUAAGUGCUUUGAGAGCGGAAUUAUCCAUAUUGAAUCGUGACUUACCUGCGGAAGUUGAUAUUCCAGAGUUGUUACCACCCAGUAAGAAUGGGAAACUUCACAAGCUAGUAAAGAUAUCAGCAAAUGAAGCUCAGGUCCUCAAUUCGGCAGAAAAGGUCCCAUACCUAUUAUUUAUUGAGUUCCUCAGAGACAGCUUUGAUUUUGAUCCCACAACGCCUGAAAAUAUUCAUAUACUAAACAAAAAUCCUCGUAAUAACUAUAUCUUCGAUUUGAGUUACACCAAACAGAAUAAUGUACCAUACAAAGUGGACUCACCGACCUAUGCCCCGUUGAGCUCAAGUAAUCAAGAGAUGGAUUUAGCUGAUGUUUCAAUGGUCAAAUUAACGAAUCAAACUGAAGCUGAAACCUACAGACACGAAUUAAUGAUCAAGAAUGCUAAGGUGGUACCUGUAAUACCUCAGGAUUCUCAUGAAAGAACUUCAGAUCUUGAUUUUGUAUCAAAUUUAGAGGAAGCGACCGAAAAACUAACUGACAUUAGACUCCAUAGAGAUUCUCCAGACGAUCUCGCCACUCAGAUGCGUGUUUCGGCUAUGAUGCUCGCGCAGUUAGAUCAGUCACCUCAACAGCUCUCAGACAGUGCGAACCAAAUUAGGGCUAAGAUUAUUGCUUCAAUGCAAGAAAUGCAAGACAAAUUUGGAUAUCGCGAUCUUGAAUCAAUUCAUGGUAUGGCUGGUGAGCGGAAACUAGAGAAUGAUUUCAAGACUGGUGGUCUAACGAGCUCAAACGAUAAAUCUUCCACUUCUUACUUGGGUGAAGAUUGGAACACCAAGAAAGAAAAGAUAAGAAAGUCGAGUCAAUUUGGACAUUUACCAAAUUGGGAUUUAUGCUCUGUUAUUUCUAAAUCGGGGGAUGACCUAAGACAAGAAGCGUUUGCUUGCCAGUUAAUUCAAGCGAUGGCAACCAUAUGGGCCAAAGAAAAGGUAGGUGUUUGGGUGAAAAAAAUGAAGAUUCUAAUCACCAGUUCUACAACAGGAUUAGUGGAGACGAUUACAAAUGCAAUGUCCGUACACAGUAUCAAAAAAUCGUUGACUACCCAUAUGAUCGAAGAAGGCGUCUUAGAUGAGAAAGGAGAUAUAGCAAGUCUUUCGGAUCACUUUUCAAGAGUUUAUGGUGACAAGAAUGGAUUUAAGUUUAAACAUGCCCAAGAUAACUUUGCCUGUAGUUUAGCCGCAUACUCUAUUAUAUGUUACUUACUACAAAUCAAGGAUAGACACAACGGUAACAUUAUGAUUGAUAACGAAGGUCAUGUUGUGCAUAUUGAUUUUGGCUUUAUGCUCUCCAACUCACCAGGCUCAGUGGGCUUUGAGGCAGCGCCUUUCAAGCUAACCUACGAAUACGUGGAAUUGAUGGGUGGAGCAGAUAGUGAAACAUACAAGAAGUUCGUGGAACUCUGCAAAGCAGCAUUUAAGGCCCUUCGGAAAUAUGCGGAACACAUCGUAUCUUUGUGUGAAAUAAUGCAGAAGGAUUCAUUACAGCCAUGCUUCCAAGCAGGUGACCAAACAAGUGCACAACUUCGCCAACGUUUCCAUCUUGAGUUAUCCGAUGAAGAAUGUGAUGACUUUGUCGAAAACUUCUUGAUAGGAAAAUCCCUGGGUAGUAUAUACACGAGACUUUACGAUCAUUUCCAAUUGCUAAGUCAAGGAAUAUACUCAUAA